CCGGACGCUUUCUCAUAGAACAAGCAGGCAUAAAGAUGGCGGACCUGAGCAUAAGCGGGCCAGGUACCCAUCUAUGUACCAGUGUCCCACAGAAAGCGACUGUUUUUGCCAGGAUCUUUCUCCUUUUUGUCAUACUUUUGACCGAGCUCGGUGGCGCCACCACCCACUGGGUUGUCACAGAAGAUGGAAAAAUUCAACAGCAAGUGGAUUCUCCACUCAACCUGAAGCAUCCACAUGACCUCGUGAUCUUCAUGCGGCAGGAGCACCGGGUAAACUACCUCAAGGAGCUGGAGAAGCAGCUGGUGGCGCAGAAGAUCCACAUCGAGGAGAACGAGGACCGCGACACGGGCCUGGAGCAGCGCCACUACAAGGAGGACCCCGACUGCGUGACCGCCAAGGUGCCGCUGGGGGACCUGGACCUGUACGACGGCACCUUCAUCUCGCUGGAGAGCAAGGACAUCAGCCCUGAGGACUAUGUGGACUCCAGGUCUCCCCUUCCUCCGGACCUGGAGGAGCCGGACUGCAGCCAGAUCUUUGAGCUUCCGUACAGCAUCCACGCCUUCCAGCAUCUCCGCGGCGUGCAGGAGAGGGCACCGACGUCCAUCUGCUUCAGCGAGGCCCUGUUCGCGUGUCACAGACUGGGCGCAACGUGGAGAGCCGGACACCGUCCUGCACGAGGCCUGUGGGCCUGCCGGUCCUGGCUCCCGCCCCCUCUGCAGAACUCCUCCUCCUGGGUGCUGUAUGACCUGGCGUCCUUCUACUGGCGCAUGAAGAACAAGCCCAAAAAAGCGGUGGACUGUGCCGUCCGGGCCUUGCACUUCUCCCCCAGGCAGCACAAGGAUGUGGCGCUGGUCAACAUGGCGAACGUUCUGCACCGCGCCCACUUCUCCGCCGACGCCGCCGUGCUGGCGCACGCUGCCCUGGAUCUGACCUCUGACCUCCUCACCAGCCACUACACCCUGGGCAACAUCUACGCCAUGCUCGGAGAGUACAACCACUCGGUGCUGUGCUAUGAGCAGGCCCUGCGGGCGCGGCCCGGGUUCGAGCAGGCCCUGCGCCGCAAACACGCCGUCCUCUGUCAGCAGAAGCUGGAGCAGCGGCUGGAGGCGCAGCACCGGUCCCUGCAGCGCACUCUGAACGAGCUGAAGGAGUACCAGAGACAGCACGACCACUACCUCCGCCAGCAGGAGGCGCUGGAGAAGCACAAGCUCAUUCAGGAGGAGCAGAUUCUCCGCAACAUCAUCCACGAGACGCAGAUGGCCAAGGAGGCGCAGCUGGGGAACCACCAGAUGUGUCGUCUUGGGCAGCAGCAGCAGCACAGCCUGUUCUGUCCGUUCGAUCUUCCAGUGCGCUAUCACCGUGGCGACCAGUUUGAGAGUGUGCACUACAUCCAGUUUGGAGAAGAGAUGUCCGUAGCCACCAGCGUGCCUCUGAGCUCAGAGAUGAGUGUGAACGAAACCCGCAACCCCCAGCCCUACACCUCUGUUUCUGGGGGCGACGACCCAGGUGCAUUCUGGGGCAGAGACCCAGCACCCGCAUCGGAGUGGCAGGCGCUGCUGUGGCCCAGGAGGACAGACUGCGCCCAAAUGUUCCCCUCCCUGCCCCCCCCUCACCUGCUGCCCACCUUCUUCCUCACGCCCGAGGGGCGUGGCUUUGGGCUCAAGCGUGAACUGUAUGAAGACGCCUCCCCCACCCUGACUGCGACCCCCCCAGACUGCGGUCCCGACCCCCAGCCCCUCCCCGGGCACCUGCCAGACACGGUGGCGCGGGCUCUGGAGGGGGAGGGGCUUCCUGAUCCUCAUGCAGCUCAGGUGCUGAGGUCUCGGAGCGGGGGGCUGAAUUUGGAGCAGACGGGUGAUUUUAUCUCCCAGGCUCUGAAGAAGUCUAGCGCCCCCUUGUGGCUGGUGCAGAAUGAGGCGGGUCUGUUCUGGCGAGCGAAGGGGAACGGGACGCGUGCUCUGUCCUGCAUGCGCCACGCCCUCCGCUCUGCCCCGCCCCAGCACCGGGACCUCUCAUUGGUCAACGCCGCCAACCUGCUGCUCCACCACGGGCUGAGUGAGGAGGCGGGGCAUCUGCUCCAGGAAGCGCUGGCCGUCAACGCCUCCGAGCCCCUGACGGUGCUCAGUCGUGUGAGUGUGGAGCUGUCCCGGGGGAGGGUGAGAGAGGCGUUGGCGGUGUUUCGGCGGGUCCUCUCCAUGCGGGCGGAGUGUGCCCAGUGCAGCGCCAGCCUGCCCCUCCUGCGCUGCCUGCAGUUCUACCCGCUGCUCUACGACCUGCCCUGCCCACAGGGCUCCUCGUGUUUUGAGGAGGAGUAUGUGGAGCUUCACCAGGAGGAGGGCGAGCCCCUCUCCCCCCUGCAGAAUCAGGACCCCCCCGCGGCAGCCCCGCCCCUGGGCCUGUCCCCUGUGGAGGACUCCCUCCUGUUUGAGACAGUGGUGCUGGACAGUAACGGGUCUGAGGAGGUGGAGUCUCAGGAGCAGGGCGUAGAGGAGAAGCGGGGCGGAGGAAGAGGAGGAGGAGGAGGAGGGGAGAGAGAGGAGGAGUGGCAGCUGAAGGAGGAGCUGAUGGGGGCGUUCGAGGGGGCGCUGGACGCGGGGGGCAGACGGGGGGACCUGCGGGGCAUCCGCGUGCUGAAGAGCGAGGGGGGGCGGGGCGGGGGGCCCUGUUUGGGGAACUGCGAGGACGACGAAGGGGCUGAGUGGAUCACCUUCCAGGUGAAGAGGGUGCGGAAGCCCAAGGUGGAGUCUUCUGACGGAGGGGGGGGCGAGGACGAGGGCCAGCAGGGGGAGCAGUCCGCCGGGCACUCUGUGCUGGAGAUCAGCGGCCCCACCAUCCCCUCCCCCGGCCCCUCAGGCCGCUGGCGGGACUACGCCAGUCUGGGCUGGCCGGGUCCGGAGGAGUGCCAGCGAACGCGGCGGCUGGAGCCCAGCACCGUGGCCAGCACCUGGCUCGCCGUGUCCGCCAAGAACAUCGACAUCACGGAACACAUCGACUUUGCCACGGCCCUGCAGGAGCCCGCGGUGGAGCCCGUGUGCAGUGCCAACCUGCCCGCCAGCAUGCACACGCUCGACCACCUGGCGGGCGUGGCCAACCGCGCUGGCAUCCACUACACCGGGGAGAGCCAGCUCCGAGAGGUGCUGCAGAACCUGGGCAAAGACAAGUUCCCCCCCCAGUCCUUCGAGCAGGUGGGCACCCGCAUCGCCAAGGUGCUGGAGAAGAACCAGACGUCCUGGGUGCUGUCCAGCAUGGCCGCUCUCUACUGGAGGGUCAAAGGUCAGGGCAAGCGGGCCAUUGACUGUCUGCGGCAGGCCCUCAACCACGCCCCCCACCACAUGAAGGACGUCCCGCUCAUCAGCCUGGCCAACAUCUUCCAGAACGCCCGGCUCUGGGACGACGCCCUCACCGUGGCCCGCAUGGCCGUGGAGAUCGCUCCGCAGUUCGUCGUCAAUCACUUCACCCUCGCCAACGUCUACAUCGCCAUGGAGGAGUUUGAGAAGGCCAUGCUGUGGUAUGAGAACACGCUGAAGCUGCAGCCAGAGUUCGCCCCGGCGAAGGACCGCCUUCGCGCCAUCCAGUGCUUCCUGCUGACCAAGAAGGAGCGCCGCACGCCAUAGGUCGGGCCCGGAGGGGGCGGGGCAGGGGGCGGACCCCACAGAGGGAGCCAAACACGCAUCAUGCACACACACGCACACACUUACACACACAUGCUUACACACACACGCUUGCACACACGCACACACUCACACGCUCAUGCACCCACACACACACUUACAUGCGCACACACACACACACACUCACACGCACGCACACGCACAUGCUCACUCACACUUAUAUGCGCACACACACACACACACACAGACUUACAUGCACACACGCACACACACACACACACAGUCGUGCAGACACACUUACACAACACGCUGUUCCCGUGAUUAAAAGCAUCAUCCGUUUCCGAUCAGAGUCUAGCGCGUAUAGCGCUGUUUGGCAUGGUUAGAGGCAAGCCAGGCUGUUAGGCAGACCAAGGGUUAGGGUUAACCCCUCACCCCCCCCCCCCCCCCAAAAAAAACGAAACCGAAGAGAGAAGCAGUUCUUGAGUCUUAUUUUAUAGAUUUAUUUUUCGUGUCAUUAAGCAAUAACGGAGGAGUUGUUACGGAGACCGCGUAAAUGAAACUAAAGCCCAGUCACUGCAGCCAUUGGUCCACUCCGCAUUGGUGACCCUUGACCUUUAACCCCAGUGGGUUCUGUCAGCAGUGUCUCAGGCUGCUGCCUGGCUGUCAGCAAAAGGGCGUUUCCAUUCAGACCGAAGGUCUGCACCAGGGAAGCCUUUUCUGUGGAUUUGGGAGGGGCGCUGGGGCCUGGGGUUAGGGGGGGAGGGACAAAUUGGGAAGGACAAAUUUUCAAAGGGCAAUCCACAGUGUUCCACGCGAUCCUUUUCAUUUAAUGCUUGAAUUCAUAAUUUCUGGAUCGUUCUGGAGAUGCCACCAGUGCGCAGUGAGGAUGACGCAGGGUUUAUGGUUUAUGGUUUAAUGAGAGAAGGACCGGCUUUGGUUACACGGUUGUGUUGGUUCACGGUUCUUGAUGCUGUAAUUGCUCAUUAUCACUUUUCAUUAACGCUGCUCUAAAGGAGAAGAAAUAAAGCAACAACAUCCGAUACACACAUCACCUUGUUUUUGGACCAUUCCUGUCAAUGGGGACCUGUUAUGGAAAAUGAAUAAAUAAAUAAAAACAUUAUUUGAUCUCGCA